CGAUUCUGUGUGGCGGUAUUUCCAUUGUCAACCCUCACAGUUGCUCCCUCUUCUGCCCUUCUAAUUCCCAAUCUUCCUCUCCUCUCCUUACCCUUCUUCCCCUAAUUCCGAUUUUCUCCAAUUCCCCGCCAUUUUUCAUCAACUUCUUUUCAAAUUCUCCUCCUCCUUCUGCCUCCUUCCCCUCCGAUCACAAAAACCCUUGCCCUUUGUUCGAUCUACAUCUAAAUGCUUCUGCCCUUUGAUUUUGCAAGUUCCGACCAUUACCCAGUUCCCGUCUUUAUAUUUCUGAUCCCAGCACUCUAGUACGAUACUCUUUUUGGGCUUGGUCUGGCACCGGCGAUAGGAUUCUGCUUCCAAUUCUUCCAGUUGAGAUUUCUCAGGGGUCCUUGCUGCAGGUGUUCCAAGCACUAAGCAGGUUUUUGACUAGUAAACUGAGCGGUAGUUGCUGUCGGUACAUCCACUUGAUGUCUUCAAUGGCUAACCAUGAUUUGAUACUUGGUCAGAGUCACAAUUUAGCCCUUGGCCAUGAUCAGCAAUUGGUGAUGAGCCAUAACCAUAAUUUGGACCUUAGCCAAAACCAUGAUUUGGGUCUGGGACAAACCCAUGAGCAUCAUUUGGGUCUGGGACAAGCCCACGAUCACGAGCUUGGCUUGGGGCAUCCCCAUGAACAUGAAUUGGGUUUGGGACAGGACCAUGAUCAAGAAGGUGGUGAUGAUCACAACUAUGGGCACGAGAAUGAGUUAUCCAUGGAUCGAAAGCCCGAACAUGAUGACCAUGAGCUAGCUCUAUCAGAGAACAACGAGUUGACUGUUUCAGAGAACCAAGAACUCGACGAAAAUCUGGAACUCGCUAUUGUCCAGAACCCAGAAAUGGGGAUUGAUUCUACCCAAGAUAUGAGUGUUCAGCAGUCCCACUCCCAACUAGUUGUUGCUACCACACCACCCAUAAUUCAGGCUCGCACAGUUGCUGUAAGUCCUAAUUAUGAAUUAGCAGUGGGGCAAGAAUUUCCUGAUGUAAAGAGUUGCCGGAGGGCACUGAGGGAUACAGCUAUUGCUCUACACUUCGAGAUGCAGACUAUAAAAUCUGACAAGACACGCUUCACUGCUAAAUGUGCAAGUGAAGGAUGUCCCUGGCGCAUUCACGCAGCAAAGCUCCCCGGAGUUCCAACUUUUACUAUUAGGACAAUUCAUGAGAAUCAUACAUGCGGAGGAAUUCAUCAUCUUGGUCAUCAGCAGGCGUCUGUUCAAUGGGUUGCGAACUCUGUGGAGCAAAGGCUGAGAGAGAACCCUAAUUGCAAGCCAAAGGAGAUACUAGAAGAGAUUCACCGGGUUCAUGGCAUCACUUUAUCAUACAAGCAAGCAUGGAGAGGCAAGGAGCGCAUCAUGGCUGCCAUGCGCGGAUCAUUUGAAGAGGGAUACCGCUUGCUCCCGCAAUACUGUGAACAAUUGAAACGAACAAACCCGGGCAGUAUAGCAUCUGUUUACGGAAACCCAACCGAUAACUGCUUCCAACGCCUCUUCAUAUCUUUUCAAGCAUCGAUAUAUGGUUUUCUAAAUGCUUGCAGACCACUCUUGGGGCUUGAUAGAACCUAUUUGAAGAGCAAGUAUCUUGGUACUUUACUUCUUGCGACAGGAUUUGACGGUGAUGGGGCUCUGUUUCCUCUGGCAUUUGGUGUUGUUGAUGAGGAGAAUGAUGAUAACUGGAUGUGGUUCCUGUCUGAACUUCAUAAUCUGCUCGAGAUUAACACAGAAAACAUGCCGAGGCUUACAAUUUUGUCUGACAGGCAGAAAGGAAUUGUGGACGGAGUGGAAGCAAAUUUUCCUACUGCUUUCCAUGGAUUUUGCAUGCGUCACUUGAGCGACAGCUUCCGCAAAGAGUUCAAUAACACAAUGCUUGUUAAUCUUCUAUGGGAAGCAGCACAUGCUCUCACUGUUAUUGAAUUUGAAGCAAAAGUUCUAGAGAUUGAAGAGAUAUCACAGGAUGCUGCAUACUGGAUUCGAAGAAUUCCUCCUCGUUUAUGGGCGACUGCUUAUUUUGAGGGGCAGAGGUUCGGUCACUUGACAGCAAACAUAGUGGAGUCUUUAAAUAAUUGGAUACUGGAAGCGUCCGGGCUUCCCAUAAUUCAAAUGAUGGAAUGCAUCAGAAGGCAGCUGAUGACUUGGUUUAACGAGCGCCGGGAGACGAGCAUGCAGUGGACAUCCAUACUGGUUCCGUCUGCCGAGAGACGGGUGGCGGAGGCGCUGGAGCGCGCGCGCACCUAUCAGGUGCUUCGCGCUAAUGAAGCAGAAUUUGAAGUGAUAUCCCACGAAGGCACAAACAUCGUGGAUAUUCGGAACCGGUGCUGUCUGUGUCGUGGGUGGCAGCUCUAUGGGCUGCCAUGUGCGCACGCGGUGGCGGCGCUUCUGUCAUGCAGGCAGAAUGUGCACAGAUUCACCGAAAGCUGUUUCACUGUGGCAACUUACAGGAAGACUUACUCUCAGACCAUACAUCCCAUUCCCGAUAAAUCGUUGUGGAAAGAGUUGUCGGAUGCCGAUCCCAGUGCGAGCCAGGCUGCUGAAAUCAUUAUAAACCCACCCAAAUCACUUCGCCCUCCUGGACGACCGAGGAAGAAGCGAGUUCGGGCCGAGGACCGCGGCCGGGUAAAGCGGGUCGUGCAUUGUAGUCGUUGCAAUCAGACUGGCCACUUCAGAACCACUUGUGCAGCUCCCAACUAACGUUGGCGGUCUGCUUAACCCCAAGUGAAGUCAUUACUGUUCUUGUUACUAUUAUUUAUUAGUCUCUCAUAGUUAAAGACUGUCCAUCAAUUAAAUGUGAAUGAAUUUGAGGUAGUUGCUUUAUUGUGAAUAAUAGUAUACUCUCAAAUCAUUACUGCCGUUUAUCUCUGCUUCA